ACCGUAGAAGAGAAUCCUAUUCGUAAAAAUGUAAUAAGGAAUAUGUCCAACACGUUGAAAUCCAUCAUCGAAAAUGCGUUGGAGAAAGAUCCUACUUUAUUUGAAUCAUCAGAUUCCCCUGAUAAUGUCCUCAAGGCAACGGCAUUGGCGGAAGAACUAGCGAAAUCCAUUGAAGAAGCCAUGUAUACCAAGCUCGCCGAUGCCGUACCUGGAAAACCGGGACGCAUACUGUGCGGUGAGCGAUACAAGAGCAAGUUUCGGUCGCUGUUGUACAACCUGAAGGAUAAGGCCAAUGAAAUAUUUCAGAUGCGCGUAGUGACGGGCGAUCUGGUUCCUGAAGAAUUGGCGCGAAUGUCGUCGGAAGAUAUGGCGAACCCUGAACUGAAAUCCAUGUCAGAAACCCUGCGCAAGAAAAGUAUCAAAGAUUCGGUCCUGAAAUUACAGAAUAUGCCCAUCAUCAAAAAGACGCAUAAAGGCGACAUUAUCAUGAUUCCAAACAAGGAGACCAAUUUCUCAGAAGAGCAACAGCCGCCGCCACCACCAUCGCCAUUAUCUGUAGAUAUUCACGAUCGAAAACGAGACUACAAUGAUAUCACCAAGAGUGAUGAUGCAACGAACAGCCGCAAAUCGAGCAUGAGUGCCACUCCCAGCACGCCAACCACGGCGAAAACGGAUCCACUGGAUAAUAUCCUUGCCCGUAUCGGUGUUCACGCUGACGGCACGUCGGAUACGGCCAAUAACGACCGGAACAAGAAACGCAAGGUGACGCUGGACGUGGAGCAGUUACUGGGCGACGAAGAUAUUCAGUUGGAGAUUGGCAGUGAUGACGAAGGAGUCAUCACCACCCGACGUACGGUGAAUGAGCAUGGCGAAGAAGUGUAUGAGCCAGAGCGCAAAAAAUCGGAGGAGCCGAAACCACCUGUCAUUUGGCGAGGACGGGUCAAUAUGCCUCAGGUGGCUGAAUUCGAAGGGUCUGCGCGUCAAAUUGGUGGUCGCACCUUAAGCGAGGCGGAAUGGAUGGAUGUUUUAUCACCGACCAUGUGGAUUGAGGGCCGGAUUCCGAGAGAUCGUGUGACUGAUUAUGUGACACAAACGCAAUAUUCCACCAGCCGAGAAAUUGUAUUGCUUGUCAUUGAACCCGAACCUCGUCAACCUUCAACCUCCGCGGAUGUAGCCCAAGCCAAUCAUCAGCAAGCGCAAUCAUUGCUGCAUUACUUUGAAUCUCGAAAACGGUACGGUGUGGUUGGGCAUAACAAGACCAAAAUCAAGGACUUUUACCUUUUACCACUGUACAAGACGCAAGACAUUCCCGAUUGUUUAUACGUUGUCCGUGUCGAUGAAAUACAGCGUGAAUGUGAUCUGUUCCUGGGAGUCCUAGUGAUCAGCAAAUCGGUUUAUACAGCUCCGUCUUUCGUAUAG